UUUUGGAGACUUUAAUACAACUCUAAAUUAUGGUGAAAUGGUGAAGCCUAGUGGAGUUGUUUGGGGAGAUACCUCUGAGCUCAAGGAUUUUGUCAGUAGAAUGGAGGUUUUUGAUUUGCAAUUUUCAGGUGCUUUCUUCACUUGGAGUAAUAAGCAAGGGGAAAAUGACAGGCUGUGGUGUAAGCUGGACAGGGUAAUGGCUAAUUCAUCAUGGGUUAGUGCAUUCCCAAAUACUUCUGUUGUCUUUCUAAACCCACAAUCCUCAGAUCACUCACCCUCUUUAGUGACUGUGGAUGGCUGCCCUAUGUUUGUUGUAGUGCAGAAAUUGAAAUUGGUAAAACAGAAGAUGAAGCAGCUGCAUAAAAAUAGAUAUGGAAACUUGGAGGGAAGAAUAAAAGAUAUGGCAGCAGAGCUACAAAAUGUUCAAGCUUCCAUGCAGAAUGCUUUAUUUGAUGAGACUUUGGCUGUAAAGGAAAAGGAACUUCAACGUGAAUUAACUAAGCUUGAGAGAGCAAAUCUGUCCGUAAUUGCCCAACGAGCUAAAGUAACUUGGCUAAAGGAGAUGGACUCUAAUUCUGCUUAUUUUCAUGCUAAAGUAAAGGAGAGGCAGCAUAGAAGUGUUAUUAACUCCAUCCUGAACAGUGAAGGAGUUAGAGUGACUCAGCCUGAACUUAUAGAACAAGAGGGCAGAGUGUUAACCACUAAAGAGUCAGAAGAGUUAUGCAGGCCAUUUACUACUAAGGAAGUGGAAACUGCCCUAUUUUCAAUUCCUUCUAACAAAUCACCAAGGCCUGAUGGAUUCACUUCAGGGUUCUAUAGAGCAGCCUGGUCAAUAAUUAAAAAUGAUGUCACGGUUGCUGUGUUGGAUUUCUUUGACAGUGGGAAAAUCCUCAAGCAAAUUAAUGCCACCAAUAUCACUAUUGUUCCGAAGGUGAGUUGCCCAAAUGUUGUUAGUGAUUAUAGGCCAAUAACUUGCUGUAAUGUCAUCUACAAGGUGAUAUCGAAGCUCUUAACCCAGAGGAUUAAUGAAGUGCUGAGCAUGCUGAUUCUCUGUAUUGAUAAACGGACAGCCAAAAGGUUAUUUUCAGGGGAAACGAGGGCUUCGACAAGGUGAUCCAAUCUCGCCUUAUCUAUUUGUGCUAGUGAUGGAAUAUCUCACAAGGAAAUUGAAGGAGUUAGAUAUGCAGGAGAAGUUUAAAUAUCAUAGUAAGUGUCGAGUGAUGCAACUUAUGCACUUGAUCUUUGCAGAUGACAUUAUGCUCUUUUGUAAGGCUGAUGAGGAGUCCACUGUAUUGAUGAUGC